AUGAGCUGGAAGUUAGCACUGGCAUGGACACUCCUGGCUGCCCUAUGGGGUUGUGAAGGUGCUCAAAGCUCCAUUUCCUGGGAGGUACAGCGAUUCGAUGGCUGGUACAACAAUCUUGCAGAGCACAGAUGGGGCAGCAAAGGCUCCCGGCUACGUCGGCUGGUUCCUGCCACUUACGCAGAUGGUGUGUUCCAGCCUUUGGAGGAGCCACAUCUGCCCAAUCCUCGAAAUCUCAGCAAUGCUGCCAUGCAGGGUCCAUCAGGAAAGCCCUCUUUUCGAAACCGAACAGUACUCGCAGUCUUCUUUGGGUACCAUGUACUCUCAGAGGUGGUGAGUGUGGAGCGGGCAGGCUGUCCUACUGAGUUCCUGAAUAUCCGUAUCCCAGCUGGGGACCCAGUGUUUGACCCCAGUGAUAAGGGAGAUGUGGUCCUCCCAUUCCAGAGAAGCCAAUGGGACCCAGAAACUGGACAGAGUCCUAGCAACCCCCGAGGCCAGACGAAUGAGGUAACUGGCUGGCUGGAUGGCAGUGCCAUCUAUGGCUCUUCUCACUCCUGGAGUGAUGCCCUGAGAAGCUUCUCUGGUGGUGAAUUGGCAUCAGGGCCAGAUCCUGCUUUCCCCAGGGAUACUCAAGGACCUUUCCUCAUGUGGACAGCACCAGAUCCUUCCACUGGGCAACGUGGCCCCCGAGGGCUAUAUGCCUUUGGGGCUGAGAGGGGGAACCAAAACCCAUUUCUACAGGCUCUGGGCCUCCUUUGGUUCCGAUACCACAAUCUGUGGGCUAAGAGGCUGGCCCAGAAGCACCCAACCUGGGGAGAUGAGGAGCUGUUCCAGCAUGCCCGAAAGAGGGUCAUCGCUACCUACCAGAACAUCGUUCUGUAUGAGUGGCUGCCCAGUUUCCUACAGAAAAAGACCCCGGAGUAUGGAGGCUAUCGGUCAUUCCUGGAUCCCAGCAUCUCCCCUGAAUUCCUGGCAGCCUCCAAACAAUUCUUCUCCACUAUGGUGCCUCCUGGUGUCUACAUGAGAAAUUCCAGCUGCCAUUUCCAGGAGAUCACCAAUGGGAAGUCAGGAGUCUUCCCAGCUCUCAGGGUCUGCAACAGCUACUGGAAUCGAGAGAAUCCAAACCUGCAUAGUGCCAGAGGUGUGGACGCGCUGCUUUUGGGCAUGACGUCCCAGAUUGCUGAGAGGGAGGAUCAUGUGGUAGUGGAGGACCUUCGAGAUUUCUGGCCGGGGCCACUGAAGUUCUCUCGUACCGACUACUCGGCAAGCUGGCUACAACGAGGACGGGACCUGGGUCUGCCUUCUUACAACCAGGCUAGGGUGGCCAUGGGCUUAGCCCCAGUCGACCGGUGGCAAGAUAUCAACCCUGAACUUGCUCAAAGGAAUGACAUUGUCCUGGAAGCAACAGAAUCCAUGUACCACCAUGACUUGUCUCGUCUGGAACUGCUUCCUGGGGGGCUCCUGGAGUGUCGAGGGGAUCCUGGACCUCUCUUCACUGCCAUCAUCCUUGAUCAGUUUAUGCGACUUCGAGAUGGAGACCGAUACUGGUUUGAAAACACAAAGAAUGGUUUGUUCUCCAAGGAAGAGGUGGCCAACAUCCGAAAGACCUCCUUCCGUGAUGUGUUGGUUGAUGUCACCAACGUGGGCCUGAGUGCCCUGCAACCCGAAGUCUUUGUCUGGAAAGAGGGAGACCCCUGCCCACAACCUGGGCAGAUCACCGCUGAAGAGCUGCCCAGCUGUGUGCCCCUGGUGGUGCUGGAUUAUUUCAAAGGCAGUGGCUUUGGAUUCGGUAUCACAAUUGGGGCCCUCUGCUGCUUCCCAUUGGUCAGCCUGCUGAGUGCCUGGAUUGUUGCUCGACUCCGGAGAAGGAAUUUCAAGAGGCUUCAGGCUCAGGAGAGACACAGCAUCAUGUCUGAGAAAUUCGUGGAGGGUGUGGAAGCCAUUGAGUGGCAGGGCAGGAAAGAGCCCUGCCGACCUGUGCUCCUGAACCUCCAGCCUGGGCAGCUUCAAGUCCUGUGUGGCCGACUCUCACUACUCCGGGUCAUCCAGUUCCGGGACUCCCAGAAGAUGAACUUGAUCCAGUCCAACAACCGGGGCCGACGAGCACUUCUGCUUAAGAUUCCCAAGGAGUAUGACCUGCUGUUGCUUUUUAACCUGGAGGAGAAUCGGCAAGCUUUUGUUCAGAGCCUUCAAGAGACCCUGAAGAACAGUGGGCUGAGUUUCCAGGAGUGGGAGCUCCGAGAACAAGAAAUGAUGAGGGCAGCUGUGACGAGAAAGCGUCGAAGCCACAUCUUGGAGACCUUCUUCAGACAUCUCUUCUCCCAGGUGCUGGACAUUGACCAGGCAGAUGCAGGGAGUCUGCCCUUGGACUCAUCUCAGAAAGUGCGAGAGGCUCUGGCCUGUGAGCUGAGCAGGGCAGAGUUUGCAGAGUCCCUUGGCCUCAAGCCUCAGGCCAUGUUUGUAGAGUCCAUGUUCUCUCUGGCCGACAAAGAUGGCAAUGGUUACCUAUCCUUCCGGGAGUUCUUAGACAUCCUGGUGGUCUUCAUGAAAGGCUCCCCCGAGGAGAAGUCCCGUCUCAUGUUCCGGAUGUACGACUUUGAUGGCAACGGGCUCAUUUCCAAGGAGGAGUUCAUCAGGAUGCUUAGGUCCUUCAUUGAGAUCUCCAACAACUGCCUAUCCAAAGCCCAGCUGGCUGAGGUGGUGGAGUCCAUGUUCCGAGAAUCUGGCUUCCAAGACAAGGAAGAGCUGACCUGGGAGGACUUCCACUUCAUGCUGAGGGACCACGACAGCGAGCUCCGCUUCACUCAACUCUGCAUUAAAGGUGUUGAGGUUCCUGAAGUCGUUAAAGAACUAUGCCGACGAGUCUCCUUCAUCAGCCAGGAUAAAAUGUGUGAUCUAGCUGAUGAGGCGACAAUGCAGAGAUUCAAGUGCCCGGAGGAUACAGACCCACCCCAGGAGGUCCGAAAGAGGUUUGGCAAAAAGCUGACAUCGUUCCAGCCCCGUCCCUUCACGGAAGCACGCCGGGAGAAACUGCAACGAAGUCGUUGGCAUCAGACUGUCCAGCAAUUCAAACGGUUCAUUGAGAACUACCGUAGGCACAUCGGCUGUGCCGCUGUCUUCUACUUCAUCACUGGUGGACUUUUUCUGGAGAGGGCCUACUUCUACGCCUUUGCGGCCCACCACAAGAGCAUCACAGACACCACCCGGGUGGGCAUCAUCCUGUCCCGAGGAACAGCAGCCAGCAUCUCCUUCAUGUUCUCCUACAUCCUGCUCACCAUGUGCCGAAACCUCAUCACCUUCCUACGGGAGACCUUCCUCAACCGCUUUGUGCCCUUUGAUGCUGCAGUGGACUUCCACCGAAUCAUUGCUGCUACAGCCAUUGUGCUCACGGUCCUACAUAGUAUGGGCCACGUGGUCAAUGUCUACUUGUUCUCUGUCAGCCCGCUCAGUGUCCUGUCCUGUCUCUUCCCUGGGUUCUUCCAGGAUGAUGGGUCUGAAUUACCUCAGAAAUACUAUUGGUGGUUCUUCCAGACAGUCCCAGGCUUAACAGGAGUUAUGCUGCUCAUGGUCCUGGCCAUCAUGUAUGUCUUUGCUUCCCACCACUUCCGCCGGCGAAGCUUCCGAGGCUUCUGGCUGACCCACCACCUCUACAUUUUGCUCUACAUCCUGCUCAUUAUUCAUGGCAGUUUUGCCCUCAUCCAGUUGCCUCGAUUCCAUUUAUUCUUCUUGGCCCCCGCUCUUAUCUAUGGUGGGGACAAACUGGUGAGCCUGAGCCGAAAGAAGGUGGAAAUCAGUGUGGUGAAGGCUGAACUGCUGCCCUCAGGCGUGACUCACCUUCGAUUCCAGCGGCCCCAGGGCUUUGAGUAUAAGUCAGGGCAGUGGGUCCGUAUAGCCUGCCUAGCUCUGGGGACCACAGAAUACCAUCCCUUCACACUCACCUCGGCACCCCACGAAGACACACUCAGCCUGCACAUCAGGGCUGUGGGACCCUGGACUACCCGGCUCAGAGAGAUCUAUUCACCUACACCAGGCACCAGCAGCAUCAAAUACCCUAAGUUAUACCUAGAUGGGCCAUUUGGAGAAGGUCACCAAGAGUGGCACAAGUUUGAGGUGUCUGUGCUGGUGGGUGGAGGCAUUGGGGUUACCCCCUUUGCCUCUAUCCUCAAAGACCUCGUCUUCAAGUCAUCAGUAAGCUGCCAAAUGCCCUGUAAAAAGAUCUAUUUCAUCUGGGUAACAAGGACUCAAAAGCAGUUUGAGUGGCUGGCAGACAUCAUCCGGGAGGUGGAGGAGAAUGACCGGCAGGAUCUGGUGUCUGUGCACAUCUACAUCACUCAGCUGGCUGAGAAGUUUGAUCUCAGGACCACUAUGUUGUAUAUCUGUGAGCGACACUUCCAGAAGGUGCUGAACCGGAGCCUCUUCACUGGCCUGCGCUCCAUCACCCACUUUGGCCGCCCACCCUUUGGCCCCUUCUUCAGCUCCCUGCAGGAGGUCCACCCACAGGUUCGGAAAAUUGGGGUAUUCAGCUGCGGUCCCCCUGGCAUGACCAAAAAUGUAGAGAAGGCCUGUCAGCUCAUCAACCGACAGGACGGGACUCACUUCUCCCAUCAUUAUGAGAAUUUCUGAGGCUCGAUAGAGGGUCUCUCACUGCCUACCUCUGCUGAGCUGGAGCUCAGACAACUGCUCCUUCCUCCGCCCAGCCCAAGCUCCUCUUUUGCCCACUGAAGUCUCUCAAGUGAUUCUGGUCACACCUGAGAACCCAGGUUAUGCCCCAGUCCCCUGGCCUGGCACCACGAUGGGUAUGGGGCGAAUAACACACAA